CGUACGUUGCUUUCAUACCUAGCGAUCUUUGAUUUGUAAGGCUAACUAGCCAACUGGCUAGCAAAUUGGAAGAGAUGUAGCAAGCUAUUUUGUGAAUUUGAUUUAUUAUUUGAAUAGGGUACGACCGUUACUGUUUUUACCACGAUGAACUGCGUUGCAAUGAGAAUUAGCUAGCUGGCUAGCCCGCUGCAUGGAGAGGUCCGUAUCUUCUCACCCAGCGUGUCAGGGAAUCCGCGCUUGUUGACCCGGCAACCAGAUCCUCACUUGCAGCUAACCUUAUCUGGGUCUUCUGGAAAGGACAAGUACGCUUUCUAGCUGCAUUUCAACCCACAUGCACGCCUCGUAUGUCAGUUUAAUCUCGGGGGAACCAGGAGAUGCUCGAUCAUGUUUUGUGCGGACGAGGCAAUGAGAUGUGACUCAAUCGGAAUAAAGGUACACUGAUUUGUCAGUCAUCUACAAUCUUUGAACGCUUCAUUUCCGGACCUUAAGAUGACGAGGAGUUUACGAAGACUGGUACAUCUAGUGCUGUUUUGUCCCCUUUCCAAAGGCUUACAGAGCCGUCUCCCAGCCAUCAAGGUGAAGUACCUGUUCCUGGUGUGGCUGGGAAUCCUGGUGGGCAGCUGGGUCAUUUACAUGCACUACUCCACCUACUCCGAGCUGUGCCGCGGACACGUCUGCCACAUGGUCAUUUGUGAUCACUACAGGAGAGGCAUCAUCUCAGGGUCAUCCUGCAAGUCCCUGUGUGAGCAGAACACCCUGACUCUCCAGCGCUGCAUGUCCACCUCGCCCACGCACCAGGUUUAUGGUGGUAUCUGGAAGGACAAGCCGGUAAUUAUAAAGUGCGGGAUUGAGGAGACGUUACGGGGUGAUGGAGGUCCAGACUCUGUGCUGCGGCAGGAGAUGACGCUCUUUGAUAAACCAACCCGCGGCACCUCUAUGGAUGAGUUCCGGGAAAUGCUCCACAAUUUCCUCAAGUCCAAUCUUGGGGAACAGCCUUCGCUGGGGACCCUGGUCGGGCGUAUCAUUACCCUGGCCGACGUCAACCAGGAUGGCAAGGUCUCUCUGGCGGAGGCCAAGUCGGUGUGGGCGCUGCUGCAGGUCAACGAGUUCCUCCUGAUGGUGGCGCUGCAGGAGAAGGAGCACACGCCCAAGCUGCUGGGCUUCUGUGGGGACCUGUACGUGACGGAACGGGUGGGCCACAGCUCCCUCUACAGGCUGGAGGUCCCACACUACCUGCAGCCGCUGGUGCCUGCCGCCCUCAGCACCAGCCUGAACCAGUGGCUGGCCCCAGCCUGGCCGCGCCGCGCGCGCAUCACCAUCGGACUGCUGGAGUUUGUGGAGGAGGUCUUCCACGGCUCCUAUGGCAGCUUCUUCAUGUGCGAUGCCAGCCCCCGCCACGUGGGCUUCAACGCCAAGUAUGACUGCAAGAUGGCCGACUUGCGGAGCGUGGCGUCUGAGAUGGCGGUGCGCGGCUUCCUCAAGGGCCGGCGCUGCGAGACCAACAUGGACUGCACCUAUGGCAAGGACUGCACCGCCACCUGUGACAAGCUGGUCAAGCAGUGCAACACAGAGGUGGUGCAGCCCAACCUGGCCAAGGUGUGCCAGCUGCUCCAGGAAUACCUGCUGUUCGGUGCCCCGCCCGACCUGCGGCAAGAUCUGGAGAAGCAGCUGCGCACCUGCGUGACGCUCAGCGGCCUCGCCAGCCAGAUGGAGGUGCACCACUCGCUCGUCCUCAACAACCUCAAGACCCUUCUGUGGAAGAAAAUCUCCAACACUAAAUACUCCUGAAGCACAACAGGCCACACACUGUGGAACACAGACCGCACACCCUUCCCCCUCUCCCUCCCUCCCUGUCUCCAGGUUUGUUUCUUAUAGAGGCAUCUGAAGUCCUGUUAAAUUAUGCUGAUUCAAUGAACCACAAAGAAAAAAAUGACUCUUAAUCACUACUGAUUUAAUUAUUUGCCAAACUCUUUUGAAGAGAAGAAAUGUCUGUUAACUGAGUUCAGGUAAACCUGAAACUGUGGACUGGUCCUAGAGCAGUUACAGAAAUACAACAUACUAUAUCACUACCAUACAUCACUUUGCACCACAACCUCUGAGGAUGAUUUUUAGUGUUUGUCAAAGGAAAACCAUGACUUAUACAUUUAUGAUGACUGUGUAUCUGUUGCUAAGCUUUCUCAGGGCCAUGCUUACAUGACAGUUAUAUAUGGUCUUGAUAAUGCAAAGCCUUUGGGUAACACACUGGACAAAGCAUGCAGACGCUACUGUCUGGAUAAAAAAAGGCUGUGUCACUCCCAGGGGCAAUGUUUGCGUAGUGUAUGCGUGUGUGUGUAACCGGAGAAGAGGCAGGAUGGAAGUGUGUAUAUCUGUGUAUAGACCAAUUUUCUUUGUGGUUAAAUGUAGAUGAACCCUAGACCUGGAUGAGGUGAAACACUCGGUUCCUGUAUGUUUUUUCUAACCAUAUUAUUCCAGUAAAGGCAGUUAGAUAAUAUUACCAAACCAGAAAUAAGUGUUAACCUUUUGUAUUAAGA